GAAAGCCUCCGGGGCUUUCGAGAAACGGGCCCCAGGCAAUUUAAAUAUUAACGAGAAACGAGUGAGCUUGCGAAUGAAUGAGCAGAUAUUUAUCACUCUCAACAACCUCAUAUUACAUGUAUUUAUUACUUUCGUUUUCAGGAGGUACUAAGAAAUGCAUGGAUCUUGAUGAUAAUUGCGGAGAUUAUUUCCCCAAUGAGCAGGAUAAGAAACGGUGUCAGCGGCAACCCGAUUACAUGAAGCAGAACUGCAAGAAAUCCUGCGAGUUUUGUGGCCCAGAAUCCGAUUACACAGAUAACCAUGCGGUUUGUCCAGAAUGGGGAAAGAUGGGUUAUUGUGCAACGAACAACGACAUAAGAGAAACAUGUCCUCACAGUUGCGAGAAGUACCAAAAUACCCCAGCAGCUCCACAAAGAUAUCCAUAUCCUAUUAAAGCUCUACAUCCCUAUCAGUACCAGUCCGGGCAAUACCCGAUACCCGUCCCACCACCCUCAUAUCCAUACCCUUAUCCUGCUCCAUAUCCAUCGCCAUACCCCUCCCCAUACCCCUCCCCAUAUCCCUCGCCAUACCCCUCCCCAUAUCCCUCCCCAUACCCCUCCCCGUAUCCCUACCCACACCCCUCCCCGUAUCCCUACCCGUACCCCUCCCCAUAUCCGACUCCUUCACCUACUCCGGCUCCAUCACCACAGCCGAUUCCUUCCCCAAGUCCAAGCCCAGUACCUUCUCCAGUGCCAUCCCCGGUACCCUCUCCAGUGCCAUCCCCGGUGCCCUCUCCAGUGCCAUCCCCGGUACCCUCUCCAAUACCAUCCCCGAUGCCCUCUCCAAUGCCAUCUCCAAUGCCCUCUCCAAUGCCAUCCCCAGUGCCCUCUCCAAUGCCAUCCCCAAUGCCCUCUCCAAUGCCAUCCCCAAUGCCCUCUCCAAUGCCAGCUCCGAUGCCGGCACCGGCUCCGGCACCGUUUCCGGCAGCGGCCCCUGCCGCAGUACCUGCUGACAAAGGAGACAAAUCUGAAAAAAGUCAUCGUCAAGACCGCAAGGAGAAAGAACAUCACUCGAAGACGCGCAAGGGAGAGGAAGAAAAUUAAGAUCUUUGUUCGGUUUAGAAGCUUGGUUCGUGCUGUAGAGCCAGAGCUAUAACAGCAUUUGUAAUGUUAACAAAACUUUGACAUUUGGAAUGUGAGAAAAAAAAACCAUUUAAUUCGAGUACGCUUAAGAGACUUUGCACUGUAAUCCCUGUCUUGAUUUAAUUAAACGUUUUCCAAAAUAUUUCCAUGAGGAUAUAAAAGAAAAAUUAGCAUGCAGACUAUAAGGAGAGCAAUAAUAGAGCAAUUUUUUGUGUAACCCAUAAAUGCAUAAAAUUUAAUCUUAUCGAGAUGGACAAAACUGUUCUUUACUUUGUAACCUUUUAGCACUAUUUUGAACCUCUCGUUGGCCUCUCAACUUUGGAUCGGGGGUUUAAUUUUUUUGUGCAAAAGUUUCUUUCACUCGAUCACUCAAUCACUCGCCAAAUGUUAGCAGAAUACCGUGAUAGGGCUCAGAUAGGAUUGUAAUAAAAGAAGCUGUUUAUCUUCAGAAUUUAAUUAAUGAACAUCCAAAUCUAACUUUAACUUUUUGCAGCCGUGCUUCAUUAACAAUAAUGUUAUUAUAAUUAGUAUAAGUCAUUGUUCCAUCCAUCCCUAUUGGGAAGGCUACAAUACAGUAUGUAUGUAUGUUUAUCUUACUUCCUCAAUGGCUAAAAAAAUCUUUGAUCUGACUUAUUGGUAAUGUUCAUCACAUUCAACAAACCAGUAAGUUUAACUCACAGGACUGGGACGGAGGGCACCUAGCGCUAUCGCCAAAAUCAAAUGACAUACUGCCUACUCAACUGCCUGAUCAACAUGAGAGCAAUUAUUUCCUCCUCCACCAAUUAUUAAUUAGGCCUGGUCAAACGGCGCGUGAUAGUCGAUGGUGGUUGAAUCUCCUCUAACUAUCAUCAACUAUCACCAACUAUCAUUAUAACAUAACUAAAGCAAAGCG